UAUAACAAUUACACUUGUAAUUGCUUUCAAUUAUUUGUUUUUCAAAAUUGAGUGCCACAGAAUUUGGGGAAUUUCUGUGGUGGAUUGGCCAACCUGCCACAUUCUUUCUGUGUUAGACGCUGACGUGAACGCGUGCCAUGGCUCCGACAAAACCUGCGCCCGCCGGAGGCAAGCCCCAGCCCAAGAAGCAGCAAAUCAGGGGUAAAGGGCUCAAGAAGAAGAAGGUGGCGUUGCGAUUCGUUAUCGAUUGUACCCACCCUGUGGAAGACAGCAUUCUGGAUGUGGGGAGCUUUGAGCAAUACUUGAAGAGCAAGAUUAAAAUCAACGGGAAAACCGGGAAUUUCGCCUCGGGGAAAGGGAGCCAACAUGCGGUCACUUUGGGGCGCGAGAAGAACACGAAAGUCGUGUUGAAUUCGGAAAUUCCCUUCUCGAAGAGGUACUUGAAGUAUCUCACUAAAAAGUACCUCAAGAAGAAUAAUUUGAGGGAUUGGUUGCGAGUUGUUGCCUCUGGGAAGGACAGUUAUGAGUUGAGGUACUUCCAGAUUAAUAGUCAAGAGGAUGACGAUGAGGAGGAUAAUGAGUAAUAAAAUAGAAUUUUUUAUUGAAUAAAACAAUUGACUCGUAA